AUCGCGUUAAAAAUUCUAAUCUCAUGGAUGUUUGGACUUCCUAGUUCAUCUCAAUGUGAAUUUCCUGUUAUGCGACAAUUUGGAUUGUUAGCGAUGGUACUGUCAGCAUCAAAUGCACAAGUACAACAACUACCUUAUUCCGAGGACGGCAAAUCUUGUACAUGGAGAAAUUUUAAGAAGAUAAUUGUUGGAAACAAAGCGAUACCUCCUUCAAACUUGAUCUCCAGUCACAACGUUCAUCACUUGGGAAAAUGUCAUCUUCUCUGCAUUGGUCAUGAUAAUUGCUUUGGUUACAAUUUCAGAGAAAAAAGCAACAUUUAUAGCAAAAACUGCCAACUAAGCAAAAGCACUGUAAAAAUGAACCAAACAAACGUUGGAAAUUGGACAUAUUACGAAGACGUUUUGGUCAGAGAAGGUGGUUCUAGUUGUCUUCACAUUAGGAAUAAAAGUGCAGGGUACUCAGACGGAAAAUAUUUGAUCGACCCAGAUGGAGAUGGCCAAGGCAGGUCAUUCGAAGUGAAUUGUGAUAUGACGUCAUUUGGUGGUGGAUGGACAAUGUGUUAUACAACAGACAGUCAUGUCAAUAUAAAGACUGAACUCACCACAACACCUGAACUGGGAUAUCGAGCAGACUGUAACAACAUUCCGUUCACUGAGGUGAUGUUUGUCGAUGAAGUAUCUAAACAAAAGGCAGCUUUCACCAAAGAUGAUGGUCCACCUAUCACAUUUGCUGGUAAUUACAAUAAGAAUGCAGGAUCAUAUGGCUUAUGGACAGCAAAUGAAGAUGGUGUGGCCACGACGGAAUACAAAUAUCAAAUGCUUAUUUGUGACACAUCCUUCUUUAAGGGUCUUCAUUUCUCUGGAUAUACCAAUAACUGCUACAAACGUUGCAAUCACUGGUGUGGUGACAAAUCGUCUGCAUAUUUUCGUACAUCUGUUGUCUCACGCCAAGACUACAAAGGUGUCGCUUUCAAUGAGAAUGGUCAUGAGCCAAAACCAAAUCGCCUGAUAAGUGUAGGAAUUCGCUAGAACUCGAAAAAUAUUGUAAAAUUCAACCAAGGGGUCGUGAAAAAAUGUAGGGUAUACGGUAACUUUGUACACGCCAAUAAAUGCGCACUAAAAUAUGCCGAACACUAAGUUCUUUCCAUUUAUCAACCUGGGGCAAGUUGUUCAAAACACAGCUAACCUAACCCAGGGUUAAUGCAAAACGCUUGUACAUAACGCUUAAAUAACCGGCCCCUGGCUUUUUGAAAUAGUAAAUAAUUACGUGCCUAUUGACUUUCUCGUGCGCGUACGUGAAAAACGCGUAACUGGUAAAAAACAUUUAGCAUGAUAAAUUACUGGAUGCUACUUAACUUUCCCAGUGUCUGGAUCAGCUUAAAAUUUUUUUCUCGCACCAGCAGCUCAUUCAACUUUCGUAAAAUUUUUAAACAUAAC